AUGAAGAUUUUUUCCAAAGUUUUCCUGCGACUAUUUAAACCUAGGAUUAGACAAUUGAGUUCAUGGAAUUCAGAUGAUUUGUUUACGUAUACCUCUGGCCGUUUCUUAUUUAAUGAAGAGGUUCGCCGAUCCGAACGCUUUGUACGGUUCGAUGUCAACGCUCUCGCGGCAGUUAUUUGUCGAUGCGCCAACCGUUCACGGUCGGAACUUACAUCUAUUACAAAACUCGCCGAAGGGGGUUUCAACCGUAUCCUCCAAGCCACCUUUAGUGACGGCUACGCGGUCCUUGCGAGAAUUCCUUACCGGACAACCAUCCCCAAGCACUAUGCUAUCGCUAGCGAAGCCGCAACGCUAGGUUUACUAUACGCGCGUGGAAUUCCAGUUCCUAAAGUUCUUGGAUAUUCUUCCGACUCGAAAAAUUCUGUUGGUACCGAAUACCUUCUUCUAGAAAAGUUAAAUGGCACUCCGUUAGGUGACCAGUGGUUCACCAUGGACAAUAAAACUAGGGUUAAGAUAAUGAGGCAAAUCGUCAACGUGGAAAAGCAAUGGAUGAGCAUAGAACUUCCAGCAAGCGGCAGUUUGUUUUAUCUGAAAGAUCUUCAACCGCCAGACUUUGCAAUUCCAUUGUCCGAACAGCCCACAUCAGAUCAAAUUGUUGUCGGUCCAACAGCGCAACUUCAAUGGUGGUAUGAGCAUAGAUCAUCAUUGACUGUGAACCGCGGACCAUGGAAAACCUUUCGUGAAUGCUUUGAGGCUCCUGCGAAACGCGAAAUCGAGUUUUGUGAACGUUUUGGCAAACCUCGGCUUCACAUUGAACGAUAUCUACGCGAGCUUCACCACUUCAAAGAAAUGUCGCCAACUGUCCAUGCCAGUCUGCUUGCUGAGGUAUUAAUGUUGAUCUCCCAGUUAGACCUUCCACCAAGCCAUCCCUUUUCCAGACCCGUUCUCCGCCAUCCUGACUUCUCACCAAAUAAUAUACUCAUUAAUGAUUCCCACGAUAUCGUGGGGGUUAUUGACUGGCAGCACGCUGUGGCGCUUCCGCUCUGCCUCUGUGCGGGCAUUCCGGAUCAUUUUCAGAACUGGGGCGACCCUUUGUCGGAAUCUUUGGCUAAGCCAGAGCUCACAUUACCAGAGAAUUUUGAUACCUUAAGUGAGGAAGAGCAAGAAAGGAUACAGGAAUCUAUGAGGAAAAGACUGGUCCAUUUCUACUAUGCAGCAAUGACUCUGAAACAACUACCGGAUCAUUUCGAUGCCUUGAGAACUAAUGGCGCAAUGCUCCGUGCCAAACUCUUUAAUCGUGCUGGGGCACCAUGGGAAGGCGACUCCUUGUCACUUCGGCACACAAUUAUCCAAGUUUGCACAUGUUGGCCACUGCCUUAUGAUGAUACACCGCGGGAAUUAGGCCCCUGUCCGGUACAAUAUUCUGAAGAGCAGAGAAAUGAUUUUAUUUCACAGUAUAAUCAAGAGCAAGAGAAGUUAGAAGAGCUCUCUGACAUACGUGCCCACAUCGGCAUUGAUUCCCAAGGGUGGGUCCCGGAUGAUGAUCAUCUUGCGCAAGCGAAGGCUAUAGCUCAAUCAAUCAAAGCAGGCCUCUUAGCACACUCUGAAACCGACAUUGAGCGGAUUGCUCUGCAACAACAUUUCCCUUUCGACGACCAUGACGAAAGGGCUUGA